CAUGAUCAUCGCCAUGAACACCUUUGCUGUCCUCGUCUGCCUCGCCGCCGUCGCCGCUGCCUCCCCGCAGUUCAGGGCUCCGACUCGACAGACCUUCCAGGACGAGCGUCAGGUGGCCAUCUUGAGGGACGACCGCCAGGAUUCCGGCGACGGCAACUUCAACUACAAUUUCGAGGCCGAAAACGGAAUCAGCGUUUCUGGUUCGGGAGCUCCGGGAUCUGAGGGCCAGAGCAACAUGCAAGGCAGCUACAGAUUCACCCUUCCCGACGGAACUAUCGCUGAAGUGAGAUACGUCGCCGACGAGUUCGGAUUCCGCGCCGAAUCCCCCCUCAUUCCCACCCCCCACCCCCUCCCCGCCCACGCCAUCGAGCAGAUCCGAGUUGCUGAGGAACAACGGCGUCGCGGAAUCACCUUCUAAAAUGAAGAUCACUACUUUUGGAAUGGCUCUAAGACUGACAUUUACUUUACAUUAGUACAUACGAUGAUUCUGUACAUAUUAUGCAGCAGG